GGAAGCAGGUUUACAGAGAUCAUCACCCACCAUCAAAACUAUAAACCAGCACAAAUUUUCCUCCCUCUCUCUCGUCCUCUAAAAAUCCAUAUUAUUCAUUUUCUGGGUUUCUGUUCCCUCAUUAUCUCCACCAACUUCACCGCCACCACCACCGCCGUCGUCUCCACCACCUUCAGCUCAUCCUUUUAGAUUGGAUCCCUUCACAAUAACCCAUGAAAGCACCGUAACCAAAUUUCACUAACCGCAGACAAAUUCCAACACUUUUCACCAUAUACGCAUAUUUCUCAAGUGGGUUCGGUUUUUGUUGUGUUUUGUUUGCUUUCGUGGUUUGUCCUCGUAGAAAAAGAAGAUUUUUUUUUUCUAACAAAAAAAAGAAGAAGAAAAGAAGAAAGAAAUAAUCCGUAAAUGGGAAAUGUAACGUCUAAUGUGGCAGCGAAAUUCGCCUUCUUCCCCCCAGACCCACCAACCUACGAUGUGUGUGAAGAGCAAGAUGGGAGGCUGUUGUUUUCGACUAUCACAGCUGACAAGAACAUGGACGUGCAUUUGUUAGAAACCAGAGGAGGGAACAAGAUUGUGGCCACGUUUUGGAAACACCCUUUUGCUAGAUUCACCAUCUUGUACUCCCAUGGAAACGCUGCCGACCUUGGCCAAAUGCAUGAGCUCUUCAUUGAGCUUAGAGCUCAUUUGAGAGUCAAUAUUAUGAGCUAUGAUUAUUCAGGAUAUGGGGCAUCUUCUGGCAAGCCCUCUGAGUUAAACACAUACUCUGACAUAGAGGCUGUGUACAAUUGUUUGAUGAAUGAAUAUGAAGUUAAGGAAGAGGAUUUGAUCUUGUAUGGCCAAUCUGUUGGAAGUGGACCUACUCUGCAUUUAGCUUCUCGUUUAGAGAAGUUGAGGGGAGUUGUUCUUCACAGCGCAAUCCUUUCAGGCAUACGCGUCUUGUGUCCUGUCAAGAUGACAUUUUGGUUUGACAUUUACAAGAACAUUGACAAAAUACGGCAAGUCAAUUGCCCAGUUCUUGUUAUACAUGGAACAAGCGAUGACAUUGUUGAUUUUUCUCAUGGGAAGCGCCUAUGGGAACUCGCAAAGGAAAAGUACGACCCCUUAUGGGUCAAAGGUGGUGGCCAUUGCAACCUCGAAACUUAUCCCGAGUAUAUCAAGCACUUGCGAAAGUUCAUGAACGCAAUGGAGAAAAUAUCCAUCACAAAACCCACAAAGCAGCUCACUUCUAUUCCAAGCAUUGAUGUCAAACAAAACAAAUGCUUAAGAUGGAAAAAGGCAGCACCUCAAUCGUAGUUCAUUAUUACAGGUAGUUUCAUUGCAAGGAGAAUCCAUAUCCAAUGUUAGAUCUGCUUGCUUCGUGGACUCGGCAAUUGCCAGCCAAGCUUGUUACUGCUUGGUAUGUUUCUAUUAGAUAAGGAACUGAUAGCAAUUGCACCUAGUAUGUUCGAUCCAAAUCUUUUUUUUUUUGCUAGGGAGCUUCUACAUCUGUCUGCGAAAACGAUGUACCUAGUGUUCCAUUAGAAAAUGUAACCCAAGUGUGCUUGAUCUGGGUUUCUUGUAUAAUUUAAAAGAGUUGUUGUGUGUAAAAUCUGUCAUAAUUUUUCGGAAAAGCAAAUACAUGAUAGUUGCUUUUGUUUGC